UUGGGAAGGAGAGGGAAGACUAAAGGAACCCGGAUUUGGAGCCGCGACUCUGCCACUACCUCUUUGGGUGACCCCGCAGUUGCGCCUUUCCGAGGUUUUUUGGAAGUGAGCACGAAAUUAAUGCCGCCCCGACUGGAUGGUGGGGAGACAAAUCAGAUAACGGACGUGCAGGCGCUGUACAAAUGCCCCCUACUAAGAGUCUCUGGGGCUGGCUUUCGGGAUUGGUGUAUUGAGGUGGCCUCCUCAAAAGAUGUUGUCAGACAGCUGUGCCAAGAGAGCUUUUCCAGUUCAGCCGUUGGCUCAAAAAAACUCUUGGAUAUGACAUGUUCCAGCUUGUCUGUGACCCAGGAGGAAGCAGAGCAGCUGCUCCAGGCUCUGCACCGCCUCACCAGGCUGGCCGUGUUCCGUGACCUGUCCUCUGCCGAGGCGAUCCUGGCUCUCUUUCCUGAAAAUUUCCACCAAAACCUCAAAAACCUGCUGACGAAAAUCAUCCUGGAACACAUCUCCACUUGGCGAACUGAAGCCCAAGCAAAUCAGAUCUCUCUGCCGCGCCUAGUCGACCUGGACUGGAGAGUGGACAUCAAAACCUCGUCUGACAGCAUCAGCCGCAUGGCCGUCCCCACCUGCCUGCUCCAGAUGAAGAUCCGGGAAGAUCCUAGUCUGUGUGGAGACAAGCCCUCCGUCUCAGCUGUCACCGUGGAGCUGAGUAAGGAAACUCUGGACACUAUGCUGGACGGGCUGGGCCGCAUCCGAGACCAGCUUUCCGCCGUGGCCAACAAAUGACCCCAGCCAGCCGUCGCCCCCACUGCCGGGUCCCAGCUGCCGGCCAGCGGCGGAGCGCCUCCCGGCCGUCCCUGUAGCAGCAGCUGCGACGGCAGGCUGUCCGGUUGGGUCGGGGAGGGGGCUGCCAUCCAGAAGGCACCGCUGGAUUGGGAGGAAGCGGCCGCACCCCCACGCUGUUCUCCUCACUCAAUAUCUUCGCCUCUUUCCGAGGCAGAAGCCUCCGUCGCCGGAAGACUUAAUCGCCGCCGGAGCCGUGUGAGGGGGCAUCUGCCUCAGCAGCUUCGCGUGUGGCUGCUUGGAAAAUCCGGGCCCCGUUGUGGAGCUCAUCUAACGAGUUCCUUCCCAGCAGCAGGUGUGACUCACGUGUUGGCAGCCCUGGAACACAGGGCGGUGACCCGCAGUUCCGCCCCUCCGUCAGGGAAGCUGGCCGGGUCCCCAGAGCGGGGCCACCUCGGUAUGCUCCGCCCCGGCCUACGCUCAGAGCCCUCCCGAGCCCCCUCAACCCUGCCGGCCCUCCUUCCAGCGUAGGGAGUCUGAGAUGGCUGCUCGUCUCCUCCCUCGCACAGCCAGAGGGCCCUUCCUUGGCCGUUCCAGGCUACAGACGUGGGAAUGACUGGAAAUAAAUAACAGUUCUGAAAACUUCA